AUGGUGGAACUCAAAGAAAUUUCUUCUUCCGGGAGCGAGAAAAAGGGGAAAAAUGAUGAAAUGGAACAAUUCGGGCGAUGGGGUCAGCUUCCAUUGGAGUUGGUUCGUGAGGUUGUGUCCAGGUUGCCGGUGAAGUCAAUAGCCCGGUUCGAAUGUGUUUCGAGGAUGUGGCAAGGUUGGAUUUCAGAACCGAAUUUCAGGCUGUCCGUCGCUCCUCCUGUACGCGAAAGGGUCCUUAUGGUGCUUGAAUCUUCGUCACGUUCAACACCCGUCAAGUAUAAGAUGCUUUUCUAUUCACUGGGUAGCGGAUUUUCAGUUGAAAGGCUUCCAAUCCCACGCGAACCGGUGCUUUCCUCCACUCUGGAUUUUUUUGGGACUUGUAAUGGUUUAAUUCUUGUUUUUGCUAACGAAAAAAUGUUCUUGUGGAACCCUUAUACGGGUGCGUGUCGAUUGAUGCCCCAUUUGUAUGAUGUGGCUAACGCAUUUCAGAUCCCGGAUGUUUCCGCAUCGGGUGUUUGUUUCGACAAGGUGUCCAAUGAGUACAAAGCGGUAAUUGUGGUUUGUGAUUCAGAAGGGCCGGAGAUUGAUUGUGUGUUGGUUUAUAGGCUUAGGGGGGGAGAACGACGAUAUUGCACUGAUUUCCCUUAUCUCUUCCGCUUAGACCCUCCUAUUAGAGAUCGAGGAGUUGUUGUGAGUGGUCAUCUCCACUGGAUCAUGCGAAGGCAAGAUGAUAACCAUUCCCCAGUCAUCAUUUAUUUUGACGAGGAGGUUGACCAAUUUGGAGAACUGCCCAUGCCCCCUCUAAUCUCCGGUGAUGGCAGCUCUCUUGGCAUUACUGUCUUGCAAGGAUGCCUUUGCAUCUACCAAAGUGGUGUUGGGGAGGAUUCUUUUGAUGAUGAUGAUGAUCACACUUAUGUUUUCAUUAUGAAUGAAUAUGGUGUUCCAGAGUCUUGGUCUGUACUUUUCACCCUUAGAGGAGGCUUCAAGCCAAUUGCUUCCUAUGUUUCCAGCAGACUUGUGUUGGUUUCAAGGUCCGGUGAUUCUUUCUUUACCUACCAUUUAGAUACUAAUUCCUUGGUAGAGAUCGAUUGGGCACCUCUUGACUUGCUGCUGGUUAAAGAAAAAGGCCCUGAUGAUGAUGAAGAAGAAAUACCCGUGGAUUUGCCGCUACAUUAUAGUUGCCCCUUUGCGUUCGUGGAGAGCCUCACCUCAGUGGACUUUAUAUAAAUACAUGCUUGGGGAUAGUCGUUGAUGAAAAAUUGGCCUCAUCAUUUUAGUUCAGGGACAGAGCUGCAAAUGGCCCUCUGGUUCAUCACAGCUUGCCACAAAUUCAAAACCUAAUAUAUAAUUUUUCUUAUCUGAAAUUGUUUGAGUUGAAAAGUAUGCAUUUUUUCCUGCUUCUAUGUAAGAUUGGCCAGGCACGCAAUCUUAUAGCAUAGGUGCAAUGUUUUUUUAUUAAUAUUGUCAUUUGGAUGGGAAACCCCAUUGCAUUUCCCAUUCAAGGUUGUUUAUUGAACUUUCUACCCCAAUCUGCCACAGAUUGUAUGCCCUUUCUGUGUAUUAACUGUAAUUUUUUUUGUUGUGGAUUCUAGCUGGCUAGUGUUUGUAAUCUGUGAGGCCAUGGUACUUGGUAACUCUUAGUCCUGACUAUCUUAAUUGAGGGGGGAAAAAAGAGCUUGAUCCUAAUGUAGUUUUUGUUGUAACCUACAAAGAAUGGUGGUGUACUGGGAUUUUGCCAAUUACAUGCUGUCAAUCAAGUGAUGCUAACUAGUUUAGGGAUCAAAUCCUGUCAAGGAUGGGAUGGGGUUUAACAGGUUGAAAAUAAAAGAGAAAAAAACAUAAAAGAGAAAAGAUCAAGUGGUGCAUAGCAAGCAGGCUUGGAUUGAAGGUUAUUGUCUGCCCCAUCAUCGUCCUUCUUCUGAUUGUCUUGGUGAUGAAUUGGGACAGAGCUAGUCACGGUGUAUUGUUCUGAGGGAAUCACAGUUCUGUUUGGAGGGAUCCCUGGCUUCCUAAAACCUCCAGUCUCUAUGUCACAAAUAUUAAGCCGAAGAUGUCGAUGUCUCAUGGAUGAAAACACAUAUUUACGUCUACCUAUUACUAAUUUACCAGACGAAAAUGUAACGGUAAG